UGUUUCUCGAUUUUGUCUUUUUUUGUCCCAUUUUAAUCACCAUUAAUCAUUUUUGUUGUUUGUCAAUUUUUUGUAACAUUUUUGUCUCUUGUUUUGUUUCGUGUCGUUUGUCUCCUUUUUUGUCAUUUUGCGUCUCAUUUUUUUAAUAUUUUGGUCUUAUUUUUGUCUUCUUUUGUCGUUUUGAUCAUAAAGUUAAACACCAUAUCGUUCAGUUCCAGAUGACUAAAUGUUGUGUUCCUUUGUAGACACUUUGUGAUCUGGAAGUUGUAAUGUGGAAACGACAAACUGAAGCUGAAUGUUGUUGAAGAGAUUUCAGGGCAUUGUAGGAAGGGACUCUUUCCUGCUCUUCAAGACACCGAGUCAUUAAGCGUCUGCCCAAUAAGUCACGGGGGGUUCUGGCAUCCUCUGAGGCUCGUCGGGCCGGCUAGUCGUCCGUCAGCGCUGAGAUAUCGACAGACUGUUGUGGACUCGCGUGGGCAAGAUGGAUGGGCGAUAAAUAAGACGUCAGCUCCAGAGGUACACGUUGAUUUCGUAAUGACAAGCUGCUGUGCAGAAGAUGUCCACGCUGUCUGUGACUGAUAUCCCAGAUGUUGGUCAUGAUGAGAGUAAGGUGUUUGGAGGGGCCUCUGAGCUGCAGCUGGACUGCAUGGUUGAGGAGAGCAGUGGAAGCGCCGCAAUGAAGCACGACGGCCUGCUGUCCCUGACCGACCUCUCCCAGCCGGACGACUUCCCCGGGCCCCCCCACAACGGACCUCCGCUGCCCGACAUGAGCAGCCCUCUGCCGGUGGAGCCCGGCGACAUCAAGCUGGAUCCAGCUGCAGGAGACACAUCUGGCAGCACAGACGGUCAGCCGGUGAAGAGGAAGAAGGGUCCGGCUCCCAAGAUGCUCGGCAACGAGGUGUGCAGCGUCUGCGGCGACAAAGCGUCGGGUUUCCACUACAAUGUUCUGAGCUGCGAGGGCUGCAAGGGCUUCUUCCGGCGCAGCGUCAUCAAGAGCGCCCAGUACUCCUGCAAGAACAACGGCCGCUGCGAGAUGGACAUGUACAUGCGCCGCAAGUGCCAGCAGUGUCGCCUGCGCAAAUGUCGGGAGGCCGGCAUGCUGGAGCAGUGCGUCCUUUCUGAGGAGCAGAUCCGGCUGAAGAAGCUGAAGAAGCAGCAGGAGGAGGAAACGGCUCGAACGUCCGCCGUGGUGACGCCGACGCCGCCUCCAGAAACGGCCACUCUGGAUCCACAGCAGCAGGAGAUGAUCGAGAAGCUGGUGGCCAUGCAGAAGCAAUGCAACAAGAGGUCCUUCCUGGACCGACCCAAAGUCACGCCGUGGCCUCAGAGUCAGGACCUGCAGAACCGAGAAGUCCGCCAGCAGCGCUUCGCCCACUUCACCGAGCUAGCCAUCAUGUCGGUCCAGGAGAUCGUGGAUUUUGCGAAGCAGCUUCCGGGUUUCCUGGAACUCACCAGAGAAGAUCAGAUCGCCCUGCUGAAGACGUCCACCAUCGAGAUUAUGCUCCUGGAGACGUCUCGGCGGUACAACCCCGCCAUCGACAGCAUCACGUUUCUGAAGGACUUCAGCUACAACAAGGAGGAUUUCGCCAAAGCAGGGCUCCAGUUUGAGUUCAUCAACCCCAUCUUUGAGUUUUCUAAAGGAAUGAACGACCUUCACCUGGAUGAGGCCGAGUACGCUCUGCUCAUCGCCAUCAACAUCUUCUCUGCAGAUCGGCCGAAUGUUCAGGAUCACGAUCUGGUGGAGCGACUCCAGCAGCCCUACGUUGACGCUCUGCGCUCCUACAUCAUGAUAAAGAGACCAAAUGACCACCUGAUGUUCCCUCGUAUGCUGAUGAAGCUGGUGAGCCUCCGUACACUAAGUAGCGUCCACUCGGAGCAGGUCUUCGCCCUCCGCCUGCAGGACAAGAAGCUUCCUCCGCUGCUGUCGGAGAUCUGGGACGUCAACGAGUGACUCCUGGAGACAGACUGGCUUCCAGCAGCGCCUCCACAUUCUUCUUCUUCUUCUUCUACAGACUUUAAACACGGAGAGACGCUUCUUCUUCUCUGAAUCUUUCUUCUUCUAGAUGCCGACCGAGCAUCCGGCCUCUCUCUGGUUUUUGUAGUCGGAUCUCGUUUGAGGGACCUGCUGCCAGCUCCCCUGAUGUUAGCUUAAAGAAGCGGUGGCUAAAUGUUCCAGAGCAGGUCGGCGUAGUCGCUCAGGUAACGUAAUGUGAAGUGGGACCUCUGGGGAACCGGAGGUCGAUUCUCUCUUUAGUUCAGUUGCUUCCUCAAUGGACCGCCUCCUGGUUGCUUCUAGACGCACGUCAACUCUCAGUGUAAAUUGUGUAUUUAUUUUCACGCGACAAAUGUGUAGACGAGCAUCCAGCAGAUUGUACAAUCACACACUAACGCACAACAGGCCGACAUUCACACAGCUGUCCAGCCGCUACCUUCAUCACACGGAGCUAAACCUCAUCCUGACGAAUCAGACGUAGAGAAGUGACUCCACUAGCGGUUCUUUUCUUAAUGUUGAGUUUUCAUCAAUAGCAUUUGAACGUGUGAGAAAUCCGAGUAGCUUGAAGCAGGUUCUAGAGAAUUUCCUUUUAUUUUUGAUAACACAAAUAUCUAGUUAGGACUAAAGGUCGACUGUAGUCUCGAGCGUCUUCCUCUCACGGACGCUUUAACAGCUUUAACUCGUACGAUUUUGGCAGAAUAAAGACCAAAAUCGAGGCUAACGGGGAGCGCAGAACAACAGUGGAUCCAGAUGUUUGUAUUCAGGGUCUGACACGUAAAAGACUCAACGUGAACUCUCAUCAUAACGUUUCUUCUCUCGGGCUGAAAACUGGACCGCAGUCAUUUCAAGGUGUCAUCAUUCCAGGACUAAACUCAUAAAACGCUUUUUUUUUUCAUCGGUUUAAUCAAUUUCAGCUUCUGGUUUCUGGCACACGGUUCAUUUUCACAGCUGCGCUUUAUUUUUCAGCUUUUUUUUUUUUAGCAUUUUUCUGGAUUUUAUCUAAUAAAAUCACAUCCAAAGGCGAAACAUGAUGCAGCUAAAAUGGGACGUUGAUUCUUUAGAAGCAAACUAAUGACUGAAAUUGAAAGAAUUUGGUUGAAAAUGUGAAAUUAUGGGAACAUGAUACCAACCUGGUUUGUCUGUGUCUAAAAAUACUGGACAAGACAACUUAAAUAUAAUCAAGAAACGUCUAAACAACACAAAAUUUGUCCAAAAAGCUUCAAAAUUUGUCAGAAAUGGGACAAAACUUGUCCAAAUGGACUCAUUAUGGUGUUUUAACAUGUCAGAAUGGAUCCUCGUCUUUCCACACAUCACAUUCUGACGUUAGAGCCUCAAAGCUUGGUGAAAUGUCGACCAAAGACUGUAUGUUUACAGGAAAUAUGUAUCCAUCCUUACAUAUGUAUAAAUACACUCAGAGGAACUUUAUGGAGCUAAAAUGGGACGUCGAUUCUUCUGGAGCAAACUUCUCACUGAAAUCAAAAGAAUUUGGUCAAAAAGCAAAUGUUUAUUAAUUACACUUUUCUAAAUGUUAGAUUUGGGUUAUCAAAGUUAAACUGGACCAUUUUUAAACCCAAAUCAACCAAUAUUUCUGUAUUUUAUGAUUUUUUUGUUGCAUUUAUCACCUAUUAUGGACUUCACACACUCUAAAAAUAGUAAAACAAAAUAAAAAUAGCACAUUUGCAGACUUAGAUCAACUACUUAGGUUGUAAACUUUGUUUUGAUGAGUUGUGUUGACACAUUUAAGUUUCAUAAACUAAAUAUUUUGUGUAAUUUAAAUGUAAAUUUCUGCGUUAGUUGAUUUUGUAACUAAAUUUGAGUUGAUGUAAUGAAAUUUUUCUCCACCUUGACUUCAUUUCUUUGUCAAAAUACCUUUAAUGUUAAAGAAAAAGCUCAUUUCUCCAAGUCGAUACGGUUUGUUGCUUGAAUUUAAUUAGUUUAUAGUUGUUUUAACUCAACAAAAAUCAGUUCAAGCAUUCUUAUUUAGAGUUCAGAUGGUCAAAUGAGGAUUUUACAAAGAAGAAAUAUCGUUUAAAUGUCCAAAAUACUUCAGUUCUCACUAAUAAAACUCCAAAAAAUGGUAAAAAUCACGGCUUUGUGGAUUAAAUUCUCACGUUUUCUUUGCCAGUUGGUUAAUAUCUGAUGAUUGAAAUAGAUUUCUGUGCAUUUUAAUGGAAAUUGAAUGAUUUCGGGAUCCAUCAGCACAAGAUUUACAUUUAAAUAUCAAAGUAAAUGAGGUAAAAACGUGCUGCUGGUCGAUUAAAAUCAGAAAAUUUUGAUGCUGUUCCUCCACAUUCUUCACUGAUUUAACGAUUGUGCAGAAACGGUCGCUGUUUUUCUUCCUCUUCCUCCUCGUUUGCUUGGAUAAACAGCACGACAAAAGGCUGCAGUUACGUCAUUUUUCCUGCGACUUGAAGCAAACUGCGGUUAAACAAUAAAACCACUCGGUCUCGUCCCAUUUUUAGCUGCUUUCUGUCGCGGCGCUGCUUGAAUCUCACCUGAAUAAACUGAACUUUGCUCCAGAAUGUAAAGUUGCUGCUUCUUCUUCUGCCUUCCUGCUCAGAAUCUGAUUUUAUUAUCGCUCUAAAGACACAUUUUUCUGAUUUUCUUACAUCCUCAUAACCCUUCGGUGAUGUAUUUAAAGAGUGUGAAACAAAAACCACUGAUUUUUUUUUUUUGUUUGUGUUUUUUUAUCAGUUUUUUCUUCCUCUGGAGUCUCUGAAAUGAGAAUGUGAGGUUUGUUUUAGGUUUUAGGUUUGAUGCUAACCAGUAAAUUUAAAAAUGAACCCCGGUUUGAAUCGUCUGAUGGAGGGGGUUUUAGUGAAACGUCAGCUCCGGGGUUCCUCUGUACGUGUUCUGUUGACGCUGUAGGGAUUAAUUAUACUGUAAAUACUGUUAAUUGUCAUCUCUGAUCUCGUUUAAUUCCCGUCUUCGGGCGGCGACACUGUAAACAUUAUUGAUAUAUAGAAAUGCAAACCUAUUUUAAUACUUGUAACUCCUGGAGAACCUUCUGUUUUGUAUGUACAGUAUAAAUUAAAGCUCUGCUGUAGUGCUGAAA